UCUUGGUCACCACUAAUGCCUACUUUACAUACAUGUCCUUGAAGAAUCAGCAAGAAUAAACUUGUUUAUGUCAUCUCUCUCUCUCUCUCUCUCCAUCUGUUUUUGCUUCCCUUCAUCAGUCCUCAUAAAACCCAGCUUGCUCCUUGGCAUUUUGAUUUCUUCUUUGGCAAGAACUUUGCUUUUGCUAAGAUGGUUUUGCAAGUGCUUUACUUGGUUUUCCUUCUAUGCAACUCUCUUGCGUUUAUAAGUUGUGUAAACGAAGAAGGAUUGGCUCUACUUUCAUUCAAAGAAUCCUUAACACACUACCCUGAAGGCUCUCUGAGUAACUGGAACUCUUCAGACCAAACCCCAUGUUCAUGGACUGGAGUCGCAUGCAGACAAGACAAAGUUGUAUCUCUCAGCAUUCCAAGCAGAAAUCUUUAUGGGAUUUUCUCUCCUGCUCUUGGAAACCUCUCUGCAAUCCGCCAUCUGAAUCUCCGGAGCAAUGAGCUCUUCGGAAGCUUGCCAUGUGAGCUUUUCAAUGCAAAAGAUCUGCAGAGCUUGGUGCUAUCAGGAAAUUCAUUAUCUGGUUCGGUUCCAGCUGAGAUAGGGAAGCUCAGUUACCUGCAAACAUUAGAUCUUUCACAAAAUUCAUUCAAUGGUUCAAUACCUUCAUCUAUAGUUCAAUGCAAGAGACUAAAGAUGCUUGUUUUCGGUGAAAACCAUUUCUCUGGUUCCCUUCCAGAUGGUAUAGGAACCAGUUUGGUUAGUCUUCAAAAGCUCAAUAUUUCCUUCAAUAAUCUCAGCGGUUCAAUCCCUGAGGACAUGAGCAACUUGUCAAGUUUAAGAGCAACCCUUGAUAUGUCUCACAACUUCUUCAACGGUUCGAUUCCAGCAAGCCUAGGAGCCCUGCCUGAGACAGUUUACAUUGAUCUCAGUUACAACAAUCUCAGUGGACCUAUUCCACAGAAUGGUGCUCUGAUCAAUUUAGGUCCAACAGCUUUUGUAGGAAACCCUUUGCUCUGUGGACUCCCAUCGAAGAUUUCAUGUCCUUCUAGCAGUCCAGGCUCAAAUUCUCAGUCCUUGAUUAACAACCAGCCUCAAAAUACAGGUCGAAGCUCUGGUAUGAAUGGGAAACACAGCAACUCAAGCUCAGGUAUCUUUGUAAUUACUGUCAUUGCAGGUGUCAUGAUUGGAAUCUGCAUUGCUGGGCUGUUAUUCUCCAACUGGUACAAGAAGGUUUGUGCUUGUAAAGUAAGUGAACAUUUUGUUGGAUGCAACUUUGAGCAGAAAUUUAUGGCCAGAAAAGACUUUUCUUGCUUUGCAAAAGAUGGCUUGGAGACCCUAUCAGAGAAUCUGGAGCACUACCAUUUUGUGCAAGUGGACCUACAGGUGAACUUAGAUCUUGAGCAACUGUUGAAAGCAUCUGCUUUUCUUUUGGGUGAAAGUGGAAUUGGGAUUGUGUAUAAAGUUGUUCUUGAAGACGGAAGAACCCUAGCAGUGAGAAGAUUGGGAGAUGGAGGUUCCCAAAGGUUCAGGGAAUUUCAAACUGCAAUUGAAGCAAUUGGAAAGAUCAGACAUCAAAACAUUGUGACUCUUUUAGCAUAUUGCUGGUCUGUUGAUGAGAAACUGCUCAUAUAUGAUUAUAUCCCUAAUGGUGACCUUGCUUCUGCAAUUCAUGGCAAAUCUGGAAUGGUAUCCUUCACACCUCUUUCUUGGCCUGUUCGUCUCAGAAUCAUCAAAGGCUUGGCAAAAGGUUUGGCUUAUAUUCAUGAAUUCAGUCCCAGAAAAUAUGUCCAUGGAAACUUAAGGCCUAGCAACAUACUGCUUGGACAAAACAUGGAACCCCAUAUCUCCGAUUUCGGAUUAGGCCGCCUUGCUAAUUUAACUGAAGAAUCCUCCUCAUCUUCAUCAUUUCAACUUGAACAAAUCAUGACUGAAACACCACCUCAGAAUUCUCCAUACGUGCAAAGGGUAGCAAGCUCACUAGCUGCAGCAGGGCCUUUUUAUAAAGCUCCGGAAGCCUCUAAAGUUACCAAGCCAUCACAGAAAUGGGAUGUUUACUCAUUUGGGGUAAUUAUACUGGAGAUGAUUUCGGCAAAGAUGCCCUUUAAAAGAAUUGGUUCUUUGGAAAUGGAUUUGAUUCAAUGGUUUCAGCUCAGCAUCGAUGAAAGGAAGCCGCUUGUUGAUCUGUUAGACCCUUUCCUAGCUCCUGAUGUAGACAUGGAAGAGGAGAUUAUUGCAGUACUGAAAAUGGCUCUUGCUUGUGCUCACAAAGCCCCUGAAGGGAGACCUUCUAUGAGAUUUGUCUGUGACAAUUUGGCCAGGUUGGCCUAAUCCACUUACUGAGAACUAGUGCAAGGUCAGAAACAAAUAAAAAGGAACUGCCAUGUUCAUGAGUUAUAUAGCACAACAGAUAAGGCAAUUGUACAUAUUUCUGCCUCCUUGUAAGAAUUCUGCUGUCUAGUUUUUCUUAUUUUGUUCAAUUAAUCAAUGAUUUGUUUUCUUGCAUUCUAUUCUCUUGAAAUUGUAUGUCAUAAUAACAUGAACAAUUAGCGGUUCCUGA